CCGUCCGAGGGGUGGGGACGCGGCGGCGGUAGCGGUGGCUCCGUGUUGCCGGAGCCCGAGCGCGCAGGCCCGUCCCGGCGGGCGGGCGGCCGGGGCGGGGGCGCCAUGUGGUUCAUGUAUGUGCUGAGCUGGCUGUCGCUCUUCAUCCAGGUGGCCUUCAUCACGCUGGCCGUCGCGGCCGGACUCUAUUACCUGGCAGAACUGAUAGAAGAAUACACAGUGGCCACCAGCAGGAUCAUAAAAUAUAUGAUCUGGUUCUCCACAGCUGUGCUGAUUGGCCUCUACGUUUUUGAGCGCUUCCCCACCUACAUGAUUGGUGUGGGCCUCUUCACCAACCUUGUCUACUUUGGCCUCCUCCAGACCUUCCCCUUCAUCAUGCUGACCUCGCCUAACUUCAUCCUGUCGUGCGGGCUAGUGGUGGUGAAUCAUUACCUAGCGUUCCAGUUUUUUGCAGAGGAAUAUUAUCCCUUCUCAGAGGUCCUGGCCUAUUUCACUUUCUGUCUGUGGAUAAUCCCGUUUGCGUUCUUUGUGUCACUGUCGGCUGGGGAGAACGUCCUGCCCUCCACCAUGCAGCCCGGAGAUGACGUGGUCUCCAAUUACUUCACCAAAGGCAAGCGUGGCAAACGCUUAGGGAUCCUGGUUGUCUUCUCCUUCAUCAAAGAGGCCAUUCUACCCAGUCGGCAGAAGAUGUACUGAACUUCUGCGGAGGGGAUGCUGGGGCGAGAUCAGGAGGGUCAGGCCCCUGGGCCUCUGCACUAGGUGGGGCCGGGAGCUGGAAGGCACCUUCCCCCAGCCCUGGCCCUCCUUCCCUCGACUCCCCCGGAAGUCCCCAUCCCCACCAUCCUCAGGAGGCUCAGCUUGGCUCAGAUCUGAUGCUGCCAGAGGCUGAGACCUCAGAGGGCGCCAGGGAGGAUGCGGUGCCUGCUUAGCCAGGAGGCCGUGGUCCACCUGAGUGUGCAGAAGCGGAGCUCCUGUGGCCCUCCCGCCCCCUCCUGUGAUGGGUCCGGAGUUCUGGCUCAGCCAGGGCAGGCAGGGCAGGGGCCGUGAAGCUGGAGAGCAGACAGUGGUAACUGCUGUGAGCAGAUGGCCAUGGGGAGGGGCCGUGGCUUAGCACUUGCAAGAGAAAGUUUUUGCUGUUGAACUGUGAUUUCUGUCCAAGUGCUGAUUCCCGUUUGAAUAAAGAUUCUAGGUGGCCCUGUUUGCCUUAA